AUUGCACGACCACCCAUUGAUCCCCAUUUGGAAGUGGAUCACCUUCACUUGCGACCUUUGUGGCAAAGAAGACAAAGAGUCAAAGUUGUGCGUCACAAGCACCUCCUCCACCUCACCCAUUCUUCUCUUGAAUUCCAUCAACCCGACCCCCGAUUUUGCCAACUCUGUGUUCAAAAACUGGACACACGCUAUGGGCUUUACUAUUGCUCCAUAUGCGAUUUCGUUGCCCACCUCAAUUGUGCCCUUCUCAGUGAAAACAAGGAGGACAUAAAUUUGCUGGAAUUUAAAGUUGAGGAUGAAGUUCCACAGCUCAAUGAAUCGAUUGACUCAGUAACUUACAAAGUCAACAAAUUUAAUACGAGGGAGGACGGAACUCAAAUAGCUGCAGAAAUCGAACACUUCAGUCAUGAGCAUGUCUUAAAGCUUACUGAUGAUGAGGUUCUAAAUAACCAAAAAUGUUAUGCGUGCGUAAGAGCCAUUCUCCCUCCGUUUUAUAGUUGUGUAAAUUGUAGCUUCUUUCUUCAUGAAUCUUGUGCUAAAUUACCCCAAAAAAAGAAACACCCACUUCAUCAACACCCUCUCACCCUCCUCCCAACAUCACCUUAUCGAAGUGAGAUAUUUUGGUGUGAUGCGUGUUGGCGUGAAUGCAAUGGCUUCAACUAUGGUUGUGAGACAUGCGAUUUUAGUCUCGAUGUUCAAUGUAGUUUGAUCUCAGACAUUCUUACCCACCCUGGUCAUGAGCAUCGACUUAUUCUCUCUAGCAUUGCAUCUAAACAGAAUUGCAGUUGUUGUGAUUCCAAAAUUUACCCAAUAUUUCGUUGUACCACCUGUGAGUUUGCUUUGGACUUCAGAUGCGCUACAUUACCACAUACCACAAGAUACGGACAACAUGAUCAUCCCUUCGCUCUCUGUUAUACUGCUGAAGAUGAUUCCAAUGAAUAUUACUGUGAUAUUUGUGAAGAAGAAAGGGAUUCAAAGCAUUGGUUCUACUACUGUACAGAUUGCAGUUAUCCUGCUCAUCCCAAUUGUAUUUUAGGGGAAUACCCAAAUUACAUGUUUUGAGUUGCUUACACAUUUAAGUGUCACCCACACCCCCUUAUUUUCAUUGAGGAAGCUAAAGACCAUCCUGAAUGUGACAGUUGUGGUAUUCCUUGUAAAGAGUUGAUCUAUCAAUGUGCCCAAUGUAAUUUCAAUAGGCACUGGUAUUGUGUAUAGAAACAAAAAAUGUGGCUUUAAAUAUUAUUUUUUUUCUAUACUAGACUUUCCAAAUAAUUUUUGGCGCAUGAAGUUCGUUAAAUGAUGGUGUAGUAAUUCUUUUGAAUUCUCUUUCAUGUCAUCAUGGUUUAGAUGGGACAUAAAUACAUCGAAUCAACUCAUGGUUGUUUGCGUUUGGUUGUACCCUGCCUUGUCCACAUAUGUUAGAAACAAGAAACUUGUAGAUAAUAUGAUUUUUCAGUUUUUAAUGUUUUAUGGUACUUUUUUUUUUAGCAAUGGAAGGCACUCUGUGUGAAACAUUGAGUUUAGGGAUGAUGAACAUAUAUUGGAACUAAAGGCAAAUUGCAGCUAUUUCUUAUCUGUUAUGUAUAAUUGUUUUUCCUCUCUUUUCCGUUUUUAUGCUUUUGCUCAAAAACGCAUGUUUUUGUUUCUUUUCCCUGGAUAAAUUUUUAUGCAUUCUACUAUUGUCCAAUUGUGUUAUUAUUAUUAUUUUUAAACAAUGCUUUGUGGACAUAUUAUGAUCAUCUAACUGUGUCCUCCUUUUCCACUACUCGAUUCUUAUGUUAUUUGUUUCAGUCUCUUGAUAAUUGUGCAAUAAACAUAGCCAACAUUAUUUUACCACCCUGAGACUGAGUACUUGGCAUCUCUUCAGCUUCUCUAUGUCCCUCUUGUUAUGGUUAAAUGAUUAAUAUUCAUUUUUCAAAAGUCCUUCAUUGACAGUUAUAAUUGGCAGCAAUCUUUUUCAAACUUGCCAGAUACCACUUUCAAUGUACCAUUUUCUCCCCUCAAAUUUAAACUUAGGUUAGGUUCUUGUUGCUUAGGACUUCUUCUUUAGCACAUUGGCUUCUGCAUUCCGCUCAAAUGAGUUCCCAGCUUCAUUCAGAAAAUCCACCCUAACAUUUUCAUUGGUCAUCUUUUGCCCACACACUACCAAAGAUUUUGUUGUUAGUAGGAUCUAAUGGCUUCCUUGGCCAUAGCCUUGUGGAAUAACCAUGCUGUUGAAAUCAAUCUUGUGGGGGCAGAACCUGCAAGCAAUACACAAUGGCAGGGUAAACAGAACGGACUGAAAUCAACACCAAGGGAUUUGUAAAAAAUAUUGACAGCCCAAAAACGGAGACUCGGCUUGAGGUCAUGAAUAAUAGAGAGCUUAAGAAUGGAGGCUCAACUCAAGUUUGUCAAAACUCAAGACUAACAAAGAAGGCCUGAAAAUGGAGAUUCAUUUUGAAAAUGAAAGUGUGAGCUUGAUUAGAUUUAGAGAUAGUCUUCCAUUCUCCAGUGGGGUUCAUUAACAGUAUAUGAAUAUAAUGGGUGGAAAUUUAGAGAAGCAACGUUUUCAACAUCUUAUUGUCAGAAUAUGGGCAGGGGAUUGAAGCUUCCACUAGAGGAGAUGCAUGUGGUUUUGGCAUCAUGAUGCUAGAGAUGACGAGACAAAAGCAGCCAACAAGAGAAUUGCUUCCUGAUGGACUUGAGCUAUGGUGUCUGCAUUUCCAAAACAUAUUAUGGAUGUUAUAGAUGCCUCAUUAAAGCAGGAGGCAGAUUCAUGGCGCUCAAGUUGUGCUUUACAAAGGCUUGGCCAAUGCUGCAUUGAAAUAGUCGAGGCAGUGUUGAAGUGCACAAUGAGAAUCCACAAGAAACAACAAUCUGUCUUUGGUAAGGCUGAAGAAUGCUUUGAAGGGGCAAGGAUAUUAAAGACCAAGCAUGGUAAAGAAGAUAUAUGGGUCGUAAUGUUGGUGAUUAAAUAACAAGGAUAUUGGCUGAUUUUGGUCUGUAACUGAGCUUCUCUUGCAAUCACACACACAUAGCUUCUGUAAAUCAUUUUGUAAAACAGGGUCAAGUAAGAGAACUUUCAAGAAAUUGGAAAGUAUUCAGUAUGUUGUCAGUAGUUAUAUGCAUAAUUCAAAACAAACAGAAUGCGGCCUGGACUAUAGGUUAGUUACCUAAAUCCAAACAAAAAAAGAACAUAAUAUGAGGCGUGAAAAGUGAGUGCACUAGCUAUCAAGUUCCAAAGGGGCUGUGAAUGAAAAUUUUGUAAGGCCAAGUAAUUAAUUUAUUAGCAAGACACCGUGGCAAACUGGGGCAAAGCCAUGUGAAAAAGUGGUAGUAAUGUUACUGCCUAGUUGGAUUUUAUUAAUUUAAGGAUUAAAGCCCAAUGGAAUGAC